AUGCUAAUGUAUUUCAAGAAUCGGGUCGUUUCAUUUUCUGGAGGUAACCAUUUCUUUGCCCGACAGAACCCUCUACCUGUUCAAGUUCAAAAAUUGCCUCAAACCCUAGAAAUGGUGACUGAAUCGGGUCAUUCAAAGAGACCCAUGUGCCCAUCAUGCUCUAAACCCACCCGUUUGUGUCUCUGCACUCGACUGAAAACCCCAUGUCUUGAAAACUCUGUGGCUGUCACAAUUCUUCAACACAGUCUAGAGAAAAAUCACCCUCUAAAUUCCACAAGAAUUGCUUUUAUUGGCCUGCAAAACCUGAGUAUAAUUUCAGUUUCUGAUGUUAAUUAUGAAGCUGAAUUUGUCAUUCGUUUGCUCAACUCAAAUCUUGAAAUGGGUUCUCGAAAUUUGGAUGAAAAUAGUAGCAGAAACAUUAAAGACUCUAACUUUGAUAGUAAUUCUGCUGUUUCUUUUACUAUAGAGAAGUAUGGUGCAGUUUGUCCUUCUCAGAAUCAAGAUUUGAGUAAGCUCUUGUGCUCCCACUUUAGUGCACGGGGCUGUCAUUUAUUAGCCUCGAGAGCAGCUAUUGAUGAUACACGAAAAGGGUUUUUAGUAAAAAAGUUACAGAGGAAGUUAUUGGAUGGGAGCAGUGAAUUUCAAGAAUUGAAGGAGUUUGAAGUUUCAGUUCCUCCAGGGUCAGUGCUGUUAUUCCCAAGUGAAAAUUCUAUUGGCACUGAGGAGAUAGAUUUUGAAGUGAAAAAUUUGAUUGUACUUGAUGGGACAUGGGCAAAAGCAAAAAGAAUGUAUAAUGAGAAUCCUUGGUUGAAGAUGUUGCCACAUUUGAGGUUGGAUGUAGAGAAGCUAAGUUUGUAUAGCGAAGUGAGGCGUCAACCUAGAGCUGGAUAUUUGUCCACCAUUGAGAGUAUUGUAUAUGCUUUGAAAGCUGUUGGAGAAAAAGAUUGUGAAGGAUUGGAUCAUCUGUUGGAUGUGUUUGAGUCCAUGGUUGUAGAUCAGAGGAGAUGCAAAGAUGAGGGAUUGAGGCAAAGAUUCUCCAAUUGUGACUAAAAUUUAAAUGAGUGUUCUUAAAUUCACUUAGCUUUGUUUGGAUCAUUAGAUGAAAAUGAGAUUACCCAAGCUUAUUUUUUGUUCGAAACUUCUUUGGAUUUGUUUUUUCUUAAGCCGAGGGUCUAUGGGAAUUACCUUUCUACCUCUGAGGUAGAGACACUCUACCCUCCUCAUACCCUACUUUGUAGGACUACAUGUCCGAAGUUGCUUGUCCGUAGCAUGAUUACUUUCAUGGGUACAAGUAGCUUGUGCGUAGCAUGAUUAGUUUCACGGGUACCUGCUACCAGUACUUGGUAUUGGGAUUGUUAAAUUUGAGUUGUAUUUUGUAUCAGUUUAUUCUAAGAAUUUUGUUGCUUUUGAAGCAGCUAAUAAUCUCA